UACUAUACUGGCCCUUUAGUCAUUGACUAGGCCACAUAUAAUCUGUAGGUAUCUACGUACUUUAUCUAACAUCAUGCAUUGUUUGUUUACAGAGAUUAACACGCUCAAACUUUAUUUUCAUUUUAUUAAUUUAUGAUAAAUUCCAAAAAAUACGCGUUGAAUGCUUAUUGAAAAUAAUUGAAUUAUAAUAAUGGACGACAAUGUAUCGAAUGUGUCGUUAAAUGAAGUCUACGAGUACACCGACAUUACAAGGAAACCUGAAACAUUACGAAUGUUUUUGAGUAAAUAUAUUGAAGUACGCCUUUUAAAAAAUUGCUCUCUUCAAGGAUAUGUACAGGCUAUUGAUCCAGUCACAAAUAGUUUAAUUCUGCUGAGGAUUUGUGAAAAUUCAUUUAAAACCAGUUUAAUACCGGGUCAUGCUGUUAUUAGUAUUCAACAAUUACCCGCACCACACAUGAAAGUUCCAGAAAACAAACAACAACCCAUGUCAGACUUAGAAGUUUCAGAAAGAAAAGUCAAAAUAAUGGCUUGGCUCAAGGAAAAUUUAUUACCAGUAUCUGAAUCGGAAGAUAAGAUCUCACUAGGAAAUGCUAGCCUUCUACCUCCAUAUACUGUUGCUGAUAUCUGCACAAAUAACCCUAUGGUAGCAAUGCAAAUGAGAAAAAUAAUAGAGAAAAUGCCACAAGAUUUUGAAUCAAACAAAACUUCUAGCUAAAUAGAUGACUUCUUGUUCGUUAAAAUGUUUUAUAAUAAUUAAAUAAUGAAAUAAAUUUUCUUGUUUCUUU